AUCCAUCCAUCUCCUAGCUCCCUCACUCGCUCGCUCGCUCGCUCGGCCGUGCCGCCCCCGACAUGGCGGCGUCCAAAUCUCUCCCCCGCAAUGCCCGCGAGUGGCGCCAGGCCGUCGCGGCGACGGGGAGGGCAGACUGCACGCUCGCAGACAUGCCGCCCAAUCCCAAGGCCAGCGGUAUCUCGGGUUCCAAGAUGCCCUACGACUUCUUCCUCCCACUCCGGGCUCUCUGGCCCGACGCCAUGACCGCCAAAGCUGCAGCGCCGGAGCUCCAAGAGCAAGGCUUCUUCUCUCUUGAUAACCGCGACUUGGCGAAACGGCUGAUCCUGAGCCGGUCCCUCACCUCACCCAAAAGCCACUUGUUGCAUUUCUUGACUGAGAUUGCCGACGGCUGGGGGCCGCAUCCUGAUUCCAGCCCGGCAACUCCGGCUUCGCGCUCGAGCGACUUUCACCUACAUCCACUCCUCGGCGGUUUCUCUCCUGUGCUCUCGCUCUGGCGUGUCCUGAAGCCAAGGCUAGAUGGCUUGCAGCCCACCGCUGACCGUGAUGCGACUCCAAAGGUGCUUUUCUGGAACAGCCUGGACUUCACGAGCAUGGCUAGCCUCAACUUCCAAUGCUCUUCUGCCGCUCCCGUCCCCGACAUGUCUUCUUAUUUCGACGACGACGACGACGACGCUGCACAAGCCGGUGACGUGUUGGAUACCCCCUCCAAGCCAAUGACGAGUCUGCCGACUUGGCGGAAACCCAUCACCGACUUCAGCGCAAUGUCGCGAAGCCUCGCCGCGUUGGCGGCUGAAUACAAGUCACCCUCUUCGCCCGGGGCCAACGAAGCAACCGCCGCCGGCACCACCGGCGCCGCUGGAAACAUCAAGCCUGGAGCGCGGCCUCCUCAUCUCCUCAGUCGUACGAACUACGAAAUACAAACGGCAUGCUUCUUCGCCCCGUUCCUCCACGCCCUCCACACCGACAUUCUCUCAAUGCUGUGGGACAGCCAUCUCCUUAUCACAUGCGAGGAACGCCGCUAUAACUUCGGGCCUGGUCCGCCCGGCGUCUCGGCGUCUGGCCCAAUGCGGCGUCGAUUUGGCUUCACGGCAUGUCCCGACGGUGCCUUCUACAUAAGGAACGUCGAGGAAAGAGGCAGGGUUCCCUACAUGCUUUUUGAGCUUAAGCCCUACCGCAGGCGUGCUGCCCACGAUGUUAGCAUCGCCUUGGAAGAGUCUGCCGAGAUGGCUGCAUUCCUAACUCACGGACCACGAAACCGCAAGCUCAUGUUAGCCCUCGACCAAGACGAGUUUUGGAUCAUCAUGGCAUCCUUUGGCGAUGCCUACCUAGAAUACAUAACCAGUACAGACAAGCAUGUCGUCCCUGCCAACAAUGCUACAGAUGCCGACUUUAUCUCGUUCCAGCGUUUCGGUCCUUUUACGCUAUCAAGUUAUGACUCAAUGGUUGACCUCUGCAUUAUUCUCAUUUCACUCGCCCUGAGUCAGUUGCAGGCCACGCCGCAAGGGUCCGCACUGUAUCAGAGGCUCUGCGGCCAGUGACGAGAACCCCGUCGACGAUACGAUCUGAGGUUCGCUACUCGAGCCUUGAUAACACUGCCCUUUUGCUAAGCGCGAAUGAUGCGAGUGAGCAUGACUCUGCCCGGUUCGUGGAUCAUGGGCGUCGAAGACGUGACAUUUGAGUCACGGCGGUGUGUGCUAGAGGCUUGAACCCCCUCGCCCGAGCCCGGUAUGGCAUGAGACCUGAGCGGUCCGUCCCAAUCCUCGCUCGAUAUAUAUACAUACAUAGAGGGGUAGAUUAAAUCCGUC